UUGUCGAGAUUCACUUGAAAGAUUUGAAGGAGGUCAAUCCCGUCGUGUAUUCGACAUUAUAACUCGUGACGAAUCAUGGUUCUAUCAUUAUGAUCCAACAACGAAAGAGCAAUCAAAAGUUUGGGUGUCACAAACUGAUCCGCGACCAACCGAAGUUCAUCGAUACGAAAGUUCAGGCAAGCGAAUGGUGCCGAUUUUCUUCAUGAAAUCCGGUUUAAUCAAGUCUAUACCAUUAGAACGUGGUGAAACGGUAACAAAGAGAUGGUAUGUCGAUAGCUGUCUACCACAAGGCUUCGAAACAGUAUCGGAAUGGCGACAAAAGACUGGUCUUCGUGGUCUCAUUUUACAUGAUGAUAACGCGUGGCCGCAUAGAGCCGGAAUUGUUAACGGAUUUCUGGCCAAAAAUCGUGUUGAACCAUAUCGAAAUCCACCGUAUUCUCCAGAUCUAAGUCCGUGUGACUUCUUUUUGUUUACAAAACUAAAAAUCAACUACGUGGAAUUUGAUUCGACGACGACAAUGCAAUGCUGA